AUGGCAUCAACGGGUCAUUCGAGGAGGACGAGAGAUUCCUCACACGCUGAGAUGCCCAUCGGCCGCUACACGCGGCUGGACGAGAUCGGCCGAGGCAGCUUUGCCACUGUCUACCAAGGUGUUCAUACGAAAACCCGCACCUUCGUGGCGAUAAAGUCCGUCAACCUGUCCAAGCUGAACAAGAAGCUGAGGGAGAAUCUGUCGUCAGAGAUCCAUAUUCUCAAGGGCUUAUACCAUCCUCAUAUUGUGGCCCUGAUCGACUGUCAUGAGACGACGUCUCACAUCCAUCUGGUGAUGGAGUACUGUGCUCUAGGUGAUCUAUCUUUGUUUAUCAAGCGACGAGAUACCUUAGGCGAUCACCGGUAUACGCGAGAAAUGAUCUCAAAGUAUCCAAAUCCUCGAGGUGGCGCUUUGAACGAGGUCGUCACUCGUCAUUUCCUCAAGCAGUUGUCGAGCGCUCUGAAAUUCCUCCGGGAUCGAAAUCUCAUCCAUCGUGACAUCAAACCACAAAACCUGCUCCUUUGUCCAUCACCGUCAUCGUACCGCUCGGGUGCCACCCAGGUUGUACCAUUCAAGGGCAGCGAAGAUUCGUUCAACCCUACGACGGGGCUCGAAUCGCUGCCCAUGCUCAAGAUCGCUGAUUUCGGUUUCGCGCGGUCCCUUCCAGCGACGUCGCUUGCGGAAACCUUGUGUGGCUCACCUCUUUACAUGGCUCCUGAGAUUCUCCGGUAUGAGAAAUAUGACGCCAAGGCUGAUCUCUGGUCGGUGGGCACGGUAUUGUACGAAAUGGUCGUUGGGAAAGCACCCUUCCGGGCUUCGAAUCAUGUCGAGCUGCUUCGGAAGAUAGAGAAGGGUGAUGACAGGAUCAAGUUUCCCGAGGAGAACCCUGCUUCUGAUGAGAUCAAGGCACUGAUCAGAGCGUUGUUGAAACGCAAUCCGGUAGAGAGACUGAAUUUUGCCGAUUUCUUUGAGAACGGGAUCAUCACAGGUCCAAUUCCUGGUUUGAUAGCCGAUGAUGCGUCCUCGCCAUAUCGACGUUCGACCGUUGGCACAACUGCUGCCGAACCAGCGCCUGUACCAGAACCCCGGCCUGAGAUUGUUCCUGUAACAGCACCGCCCUGUCAGAAAGAGGUGCCGUAUCCUGACGACCGUGUGGAACCUUCCACGUAUCCGGUUGCCCGACGCUCGAUUGCACCGACUUCGCGUCCCGGUACGCCGAGCACGCCUAUGCGUAGGACUGGCAGUGCAGAUAGACCUUUGUCUAUCGCCAAGGGUUCUGCAGCAACGACGGGUAAUCCGGUGCCAGAAGUAGAUCCUCAGGCUCCUCUCCGCCAGGAGCCGAACGAAGGUGGCGCAGCAACUACGCCGGUCGAGCGUCAGCGGAGCCGCACUGCUCCGUCUGGAGUUCCGCAGGUGGACAGGUCUGCGGAAAAGGCAAAAGAAGAGCGCGAGCGCGAGCGCGCAGCACAAGAAGUAGCAUUUGAGCGAGAUUACGUGGUCGUGGAGAAGCGGGCAGUGGAGGUUAAUGCUUUUGCCGAUGAAAUGGCACAUAGUCCGCGAAUUCAAGGGGGCUUCUCUCGGCCUGGCCAGGGAGGCGUGCUCUCACGACGCCCAGCAACAAUGCAGGGCGUACCGACAACUGCAAAUAUGUCACCCCACGCGUCUCCCAGCAAAGCCAUGCAAAUGAUCUCCGGGCGGCCUCGUGCUGAUUCAGCGCACAUUCGCCAGAACUCUUAUGAGCGGCGAUAUGGACAGAGCCCGACAUCCGCCACGUCGGCCAUAUCCAAAGCCCUCAAUAUGGCCAGCGGCCGCCUGUUUGGGAUGGGAUUUUCACCACCCUUGACAAUAACAAAGGGCGGGCGCUCCCCGCCGUUGGCUUAUAACCCUUUUCCAGCUUACCCCAACCCCCAAACCAGCUUGAUCGUCCUCGGAGACAGUACCAAGACGAAUGUGGCGUUGGAUGAAGAUAGCAAGAUUGUUCAAGAGCUCGAGGAGUGUGCCACUCGCAGUGAUGUUGUCUAUGGAUUUGCCGAAGUAAAAUACAAGCAACUCAUUCCCCUGGCUCCUUCUGUUCAGACUGACAAUCCUGGAACCACGAAUCUACCUGGCCAGCCAGAGACAUCAGAUCCCACUGACAGCGGACUAACGGCCGACGCGAUUGUGACACUGUCAGAAGAAGCGUUGGUUCUCUACGUCAAAGCGCUCUCCUUGCUGGCAAAAUCUAUGGAUAUUGCAAGCGCUUGGUGGAGUCGCAAGACUCGGGCCGAAGCGUUCGGCGAGUCGGCGGGCACCAAGGGAGAUGCCACCGGCGCACUCGUCAGCAACCGGAUCAACAACAUCGUGCAGUGGGUGCGCAAUCGGUUCAACGAGGUGCUAGAGAAAGCCGAAUUUGUUCGCCUCAAGUUGAUCGAGGGACAGAAACAAUUGCCGCUUGACCAUCCGAGUCACCCCAGCAACUAUUCGGUCAGGUCCUCUCUGGGUUCGAAUACAUCUGGAGAUGUUGUUGUCAGCUCGGGGGUGACGGCUGAGAAACUGAUGUAUGACCGCGCCCUAGAAAUGAGUCGCGCGGCAGCAAUCAAUGAACUCACGGGAGAGGACCUCGCCGGGUGUGAGAUUGCUUAUGUUACGGCAAUCCGGAUGUUGGAGGCGGUUCUGGACGAGGAUGAAGGGUCUCGGGCCGGUCACAGUAGCGGCAGCAAAGCCGAAAGUCGGAGGAACAGCGAACGAAUCAUGCUAGAUGGAGUCCAAGCGGAGGAUCGACAAGUGGUUAUCAAAUUGGUGUCCAGCAUCCGGGGCCGAUUGGCAUCCCUCCGCAAGAAAUUGGCCAUGAUCUCCAAACGGCACACAAUCACUCCUCCUUCGAGCGGCCCGAGCAAGUUGGCUCCCACCACGUUCCCACCGCCUGUUGCACAUGCCAUUGGAGCCACGCCGCCUAAAUAG